AUGGUUGAAUAUCCAAAAAUAUCAGAAAUAUUAGCAGAUACAGGUUCAAUAAUAUCUUGGAUACUUUCAAUAUCAUUUAUUGUAUCAAAAUAUAAUGAAAAUAUUUGUUUAUAAAAAACAUAAAAAGAAGUUAUUUAAAUGUAUUAUAAUGAUUUUAUUGAUUUUAAAAUAAAAAAGAAUUUGUUAGGAAAAAUAAAAAGUGUAAAUUAUAAAGAAAAAGAAUAUGAUCCUUAAAAAUCAGAAGAAAUAUUAUAAAAAUUAGAUUAAAUUGUUAUUGAAAAAAUGAAUUAUUUAAAUUUAUAAAAUGAAGUAGCUAAGUAAAUAUUUUUUAUUAAAUUUAAUUUAGAUUAUAAUAAAUUUUAUAAGAACAUUUAGGAUUAGAAAAAAUUAAAAAAUAUUUAGAAUCUAAAUCUAAAUUAGAACUUCUUUUUGAUAAAUUAGGUGUACCUGAAAAAACAGAAAAUAAAUAAAUUAAUUAAAUUGUAUUAUUUUUUUUAUUUUUUUAGCAUAUCUUAAAUGAACAGUAAUCUGAAGGAGUCUCAUAAUUUGGAGGAGAGAGUGAAAUGCGAAAUAAUUAUAAUAUAAUAUCUUUGGAUUAAGAAAUAGAAGAAAAAAUUGGAUUGCUAUCCUAUAAAAUAUCAGAUUUUAGCUAAAUUGAUAAGAAUAAUAGCAACUAAGAAAUUAGUUAACCACUAAACAAUAUCUGUUCCUAAGUGCAAGUCAUUAAUAUUGAAUAGUCAGUAGAUACUAAAUAAUGA